AUGGUUUGCAUAUUGGGUAUUGAAGGGAGCGCCAAUAAAAUUGGUGUUGGUAUUGUACGCGAUGGAGAGGUGAUCUCGAAUCCCCGUGCCACAUUCCAUGCGCCCGCAGGCCAAGGUUUUCGUCCCGCCGAAACAGCUGCGCAUCAUCGACAACACGUCGUACAUAUCGUUAUGGCAGCACUUCAGGAAGCUAAAAUUAAG